AUGAUGGAUUUUGAUGAGCGUGUUCCUUGUUCCUCUAACAUGUAUUUGCCAAGUUGUACUUACUACGUGUCGGGUCCUGAUUUCUCCAGCCUCCCUUCCUUCCUGCCCCAGACCCCGUCUUCUCGCCCCAUGACAUACUCCUACUCCUCCAACCUACCCCAGGUCCAACCUGUGCGAGAAGUCACCUUCAGGGAGUAUGCCAUUGAUCCGGCCAGUAAGUGGCACCCCCGGAACAAUCUCCCCCACUGCUACUCGGCAGAGGAGAUCAUGCACCGAGACUGCCUGCCGGCCACCAACACCGCCGCCGCCGCCGCCGCCGCCAGCAUGGGCGAGAUGUUCGGGAAAAGCCCGGCCAACGUCUACCACCACCCCACCACCUCCAACGUCUCCUCCAAUUUCUAUAGCACUGUGGGCAGGAACGGGGUGCUGCCGCAGGCUUUCGACCAGUUCUUCGAGACCGCUUAUGGCACGGCGGAGAACCACUCGGACUAUGCCGGAGACACCAAGAACGGCGAGAAAAUGCCCUCCGCGGCUGCUCCGGGGAGCGCCGCCGCCGCCGCCGCCACGGCAACUUCAAGUUCGGAAGGCAGCUGCGGCAGGGAGGCGGCGGCGGCGGCGGCAGCCAGCGCGGCGGUGGCUGCAGCGGCAGAAGAGAAGGAGAGGCAGAGGAGGACGGAGAGUAGCAGCAGCCCUGGCUCGUCUUCCGGCAACAAUGAGGAGAAAUCCAGCAGCUCCAGUGGACAACGUACCCGUAAAAAGAGAUGCCCAUACACGAAAUAUCAGAUUAGAGAAUUAGAAAGGGAAUUCUUCUUCAGUGUCUAUAUAAACAAAGAGAAACGCCUCCAGCUCUCCCGAAUGCUCAACUUGACCGACCGUCAAGUAAAAAUAUGGUUUCAAAACAGAAGAAUGAAAGAGAAAAAAAUUAACAGGGACCGAUUACAAUAUUACUCAGCUAAUCCACUACUUUAAAACUGCUAGCGUUUUUCAAGAUGAGAUUAAAUUCAGAUCUCGCCCUUGACAAGGUCAAGCCACAGGGUUACCUAUAAGAAGGAGGUGUAUAAAGUGACGGAGGAUGCGGAAUAACUAAGAUAUUUUCGCCCCAUACACGUAAACCAACCAUUUUUUAAUAUUGUUUUGUUUUUUGAAAGUUCUUGAUUUUACAACUCAAUUACAAUCGGUUUAUACCCUGGACCCACUUUCCCAUGCAUGCCAUCUUUGCUUCUGAGGGCAAUUUGGAUACCUCUGACCUUCAGACCUGCAACUCAUUCUGUUAGGGGUUCACACGUGAAAAGAGGGAGUGGAUUGUUGGCUUAAUAAUGUUUUAAAAUUAUAUUACCUUGGUUUUUACUGUGGAACAUUGAUUGGAAGGCUACAAAUGGCAGCGUAGAAUCUGGAGGAUCACUACAAAAGAAACCUUCAAAAUGCCCCUACCUACAGACGCACAAACGCUGUCCUAUUGCUCUUUCUUCCCGAAUGACGAAUCUUCUUCCGCAAGGGUGGUUUCCCUGUUACCAAUUGCAUUUUAAAUCAAAAUAGUUUUGGGGGGGGGGGAUUUAUUUCUUUGCAAGGCCAAUCAUAAAUGUUCGUAGUAAGGGUGUAGUGUUGAAUCUAUUGUGUUGUUCUAGGGAGCUAUGAGGUGAAAAAAACUUGACUAUUUACUUUUGAAACGAUUUCAGGUAUCAAUUUGCCAUAUAUGGUAAAGGAACAAUCACUGAAAGAGACAAACACUUAGCCAUGUGAAUUUGCUCUGGCUUUAAUGAAUAACAACUGUCGAAAAGUGGCCAUCCCUUUGGAGACAAAUCAUGAUGCUCGUAUUUAAAUGCUAAAAAUAAAGAGUUGGGGGAGAGAAGAAGAAAGACUAAUUUAAUAGUUGCGAAAGGGGAAAAUAGGAAAAGGCCACUUCUGGCUUCUGUCUCACAAACUUUCUUCAGGAAAUACCUGUGGAGAAGGACAGUUUGGCAAAUACCACACAACACUUAAUUGGACCUUGGAUGUGUGCAAUGCACUGAGACCAGAUCACUAAAAUACCUAGUGUUUCCUUAGAAGGCCAAGCAGAAGGCAAACAAUGUAAAUAUGGUGAAUUUGUUUUCAUACCUUGUUGUCCACUUUCAGUGUUGUGAGUCCUACUUAGUCGCUCAGUCGGCAAAAAUCAAAGAAUGGAAAGUUCCUUUGAGUUAUUUUAAAUAUAUAUAAAGAAAUAUAUUUCCCUGCAGGAACCAAAGUGAGAAAGAGAGAAACACGAUUUUUUAAAGAAAUAAAAGAACUAUUUAAAAUUCUAUAUCGGUUUACAAAGGAUAUGUGUUUUAUUGUAACGGUCACUUGCUGUUGAGAAUAUCUGAAUGUAUAUUUCAUACAAGAAUGGUGUUUUACAAGACUUGUACAUUUUAAAAUGAUGUUUUUGUUAGUCUACUUUUUUAAAAGGGUUGUUUUCCUUGGAAAGUGUCAGGUUUGGUUUUUUAAUGUUUUAACAUGUGCAAACUAUGGUGACAAGAAUGUUUGAAAAAAUCACCAGCUUCCCAAAUGGAUGCAUUUUCUUUAUACAGUUUCACAAACAUGCAAUACCUUUAUAUUCCAUCACUGUUUGAAAUAUGUAUGUCAUAUAUGUAUAUAUCGUUUUCUUUUUUAAUAUGUGAACGUCUUUCGUUGCAUGUAUACAGUGGAACGGCGCACAACAAAAAUAAACGUGGGAAAUUUAUAUUUUUA